AUGUCCAACGUGAGUUUUGGUCGAACGGCAUCAGCAGUUGCACGUAUGUGCAUGCUGAGCGCAGUGGGUAUCAAAUCAGAGUUCUGGCCGAAUAUCGGGAAACUGACGAGGAAAAGGAACAAGAAGAAUAUAGAAAAAAUGGUUUUCAUUAAACCGCUUUUCCGUCUCGCAAUAAACAAGAAUAAAGCGAGAUACUACUGGAGCAAAUAUGACCAACUCUACCCACAUUUCCUAAUAGAAGAUGAAGUCCGUCGCACUAAAACCAAAAGUGGUCAAACAAGUAUGCCGAGAGUGAUGCUUAUUUUCCGCAAUGACUUCUCGAGGGUAAUUGAGAUUACAACUUCAUUUUAUGCUAAGCCGGGCAAAGGCUUAUAUACCUUCAACAGCUCCGUCAGCGUCACCUGCAUCGUGCGAGAUAUUAAGAAAGGUUGCAGUGGAGACGGACAACACACCAGUUACUUGAGGUGGUUGAUGCAGCCCUCAGAUAUUCCAGAUAUAUAUUUCGAAAAGGUAAUUGAAAUAAUAAAAACGAAGCAUUACGAUAAUUGGAAAUUUCUUUUUAGACAAAAGAAA